UUUCGACAAAUAGGUUGUUCUCUACACAUCUUCGCUGAAGGAUAUUUAUAACAUAACCGGCGACCAAAUGGGGGCUUAUUUUGGCUAUAGUCUCACUACAGCCGAUAUCGACGGAGACGGACUGGACGACGUGGUGAUCGGCGCUCCCCUAUACUCGCCGGCAAACGCUAAGGAUAUGAGUUAUGAAAAGGGAAGAAUUUAUAUGGCAUACCAGACCAGAGAGCAUCGAUUUAUCAUCAAAAAUGACGACCACAUCGAUGGCCUCAAAUCCAAAGCCCGGUUCGGCAUGUCUUUGGCGUCGCUGUCGGACAUCAAUAAGGAUGGCUUCGAUGACAUCGCUGUCGGCGCGCCAUAUGAUGGCGAUAAGGGAUUGGGAGCCGUUUACAUAUACCUCGGCUCCCGGAAAGGCCUGCAGCCGAAGCACUCGCAAGUGAUUUACGCCGAAGCCAUCAACGAUCCCGGACUCAAGACCUUUGGCUUCUCGCUGUCGGGCGGACUCGAUCUCGACAACAAUCAAUACCCGGACCUAUUGGUGGGCGCCUACGCCUCCGAUAGGGCUAUAUUCCUGAGGGCCCGACCGGUGGUGAACGUGACGGCGAGUCUGAGUCUCGCCAAACAGAGUGUGGGCUUAGAGGACAAGGACUGUAGCCUAACUGAUGGCUCGCGAGUGCCCUGUCUUACCAUCAAAUUGUGCCUCAAAUAUGACGGAUUGGGAGUUGAAAACCAAUUGGAUUUCGUAUACGAAACCAAAUUGGAUGCCGCGAGCCGUCGGGCGCCGCGAAUAUUCUUCCUCCACAAGGAAAGGGAAAAUGAAGAGAAAAUUCGGGUUCAGCUCAACAAGAGUUUCAACUACUGUACCACUCCACAAAGUGACCCAGCGCCAUUCACUGACUUUCCGGACGCAUUCAAUGAACAAAUCCACGAGAACGAGGUUAUGCCGUAUAGCCAUGUUGUGGGCCAAGAGGUAUUAGGCUAUAUCCGGGCCGCACAACAACAAGAUAACGCUCAGGGUUUGACCGUGGUCUCCCAGUUCUACCAAGAUUCUAUCGAUGCGUUCACACCCAUUGUGCCAUGGUUAUUCGCCGAGCUGGACAAGAUUACUAUUUCUCCAUUACAACACGCUGUGACCACGGUGAUUGUCGCUCAGUUUUAUAAUUUUGCAUAUAUGUGCGAAAGAUUGACCGAACUGCGGGCCGUUAAGCCCCUGUCGGUCACCGGCAAUGAGCACAACCUUAUUAACCGUCUGAAAACAUUGGAGACCCGAGUCGUGGCCGCCGUCGAGAAUUCAAAGGGCAAAGGACUUGCACAUGGUAAUUCGGUUUGGGCUGCAUAUUUGGAUAAGAUCAAUGCCUUUUUGAACGCUGAGUUCCCCAAAUUGAAUCAAGCAAUCGGUAAUUUACCCUCAGCUGCACUCAGAGAGAAAACCAUUCAACAACUCAUCAUUGAUUUGACACAUUUGGUCCAAAUGCCCUUUAUGCUUUAAUUAAAUA